UCUUGCAUGAGAUUAGCCUCUCUAAGGUUUUAAAUUAUAUUCUCUUAUUCGAUUAUUAUAUACCAGUGUUGAAUUCCAUACGAAUAUUUAACAAAUAUUUUUUUUUAGCAAUAAUCAAGUUUUUUCCGGAUUAUUAUAAUAUUUCGCAUUAUUUGUGGCAAUAAAAGGAAUUGUUUUAUCAAAAUGGUUAUACGAUAUGAAUGCACACAGUGAAAAAUUACCGCGUAAAUUAUGCGAAUGAUGUUUUUUAAACAACGAAUCUCUUCAGUGACAAUAAUGGCACGAGAUGAAGAAAUUGAUAUUAUCGUUGAGUCGUGACAACAUUUGUUAUUUAAAUUAUUUUGUGCCAUAUACCAUUGGAAACGUCAAGUUUUGAAGUUUUACGUUCAUUAGGAGUUGAAUUUUCUUUUCACUAUUCUCUGUGUCACGAGGUUUUUGCGCAAUAUAAUAUUCAGAGAAUUUAUACUGGAAGUUAAAAUGGAGAACAGAAAAAGUAAAAAACGUACAAAUAAGAAGAAUAAUACGUCUGGUAACUGGGUGAACAACAGUCAAUACGAUCAAAGCAGCAACGCUAUGUCAAACAUGGAAUAUCCUCAAGUUGUAUGGCAACCAGGAAUUCAAUCACAUGUUCCAAAUCACAAUGGACAACGUCUUUUUGCAGCUAUGUCAGAUCCUAGCGUAUGCAGUUAUUCACCGAUGCCAAUGACUUACACCAUGGAACCUGUCUCGCUUCCAACUAUGUACAGAUUUUAUCAACCAAUGCCUUAUGGCGUUCAAAAUGUGAAUGCUAGACUGAAGCAAAAAUUUCAUCCAAAACAACCUCCGGUUAUUCCUAGUGGAUAUACAAGUCUGCAAGAGAAUCAUCAAAAUAAUUCGACAAUCUUGUCAUCUUAUCAAAAUGGAGAAUAUGCUAGUUUACCGCCAGUUGCCAAUAAAAGUAAUGGAAUUAACGAAGAUGAAAUUAGUUCAGAACAUAGAAGAUAUUCGGAUCCAGGUUUGGGACCUACAGAACCUUCCGUUAACAACCAGGACGAAGAUUCGGAUAGCGGUGACAGCAGUAGCUCUGUUACAACUAUUGGUCGAAGUAACAAAUUGGUUUUAUCUCUCAUCGAACAGAUGGCAGAAUUAAAAAAAACUAAUAGCCAACUUUUUAAGGAAUUAAGCGAGGCUAAAUUCGAACUGGAGACGAUGAAAUUAAAAUUUUCAGAAUUUAAACAUAGUUCUGAUUAUCAACCAGGAAUGUUGUCAGAUCUUAUUCGGGAGAUCAGGGAAGCGAACAAAAUAUGCGAGGAAGGAUUAGUGACAAAAAUACAAUCUAUGAUGGAGGAGAAAUCUAAUCAAAGAUCCAUGGAUAUAGAAUUAUUAAAGGGCCAAAUAUCAAAGCUCGUGAAGGAGAAGGAGGAAAGCGAACGACGAAUAUCCAAGUUGGAGGAAGAAGUAGCUAUAUUGAAGUCGAGCUCAAAUAACGAGGGCCGAGAGAUAGCAGCUUUCGAGGAGGAGACUUUGGCCUUGCGACGGGAACUACAGGAGGCACUAGCAACUAGGAAUCUGACCGAUGGAACGACUAAGCACGGGACAAAGUGCGUAAAUGCGAUAUCAAGAUCUGUCACGCCUGUAAUUUUCGAAACGCCCCGUAUAACGAGCACCCCCGUGCGUACCGCUCUUACCGAGACCUGCAACCUUGUUCCCGCCAUCUCCUCUUCGAUUCCCAGCACGUCCGUCGUCUCCGAUCUCCGUUCUCGAUCUUCGGAGUAUUACCGAAGUCUUCUCGACCGCGAUAAUAAACAGCAGCAGCAGCAACAACAACAACAACAACAGCAGGAGGAGGUGGAGGAGGAGGAGGAAGAAGAAGAAGAGGAGAAGGAGGAGAAGAAGAAAAAGAAGAAGAAGAAGAAGAAGACCAAUUUUCUAAAAUUAUUUGCCGAGUCUUUAGACGAGGGGAAGGAAAACGACAAAAUGACCGUCCUUCCAACCGAGCCACAACUCUCGCCGUUGUUUUCGCUUGACAGCGAGGAAAGUGUAGAACAGUUAGAAUCGGUUCAAGAGAAUCGGCGAAACGAGAAAAUCGACGAGGCAGAGAGAACGAGAGCUGCCGGAGCAGGAGGAGCAGGAGGAGGAGGAGGAGGAGAAAAAGAAAAGUUAGGAGGAGGAGGAACCAAUACCAAUGUCAAUAGCAGUUCCAACCAGAGAAAAGGAUCGAAGAGAUCUCGUAAGAAAAAAACAGCCGCUGCGAGAAAGACCGAUGAUAAUAAAGAAGAUUCCAUUUGGUCGACGACACCUUCGAACACCUCCCCGAUCGUUAACGAAAAGAGAGAAAAGGAAGAACAACAACGCGAUCUGCUCGUCCUCGAGAACGUACCAAAAGAUCUUUGCUCGGGAGCGGGAAUCCUGACCUCCAGAGUCCUGACAGCACCUUCACGCGCCACCUACACCACCGCCUACAUUUAGGUUCCGUACGCGCGGGGCCCGACAAAAAAGCAAACCACUCGUCGGCGUAUCGCCGAGGGCAAAAGGGGGCUUCAAAGGGCUUGCUAGAGGCUACUACUAUGUACAUGUCGAAUAGCACAGGUGGUCCUAUUUGAACGGAUGAGAACGUAACGAAUGAAAAAUCAAAUGAAACGUGAUUUGUC